AUGGUAUAUCAAAAAAAUACUAAAAUCGAGAAUCCUGAAACAUUUUCCAAUACUACAUCUCAAGAAAUAGUCUUACCUGAGAAAACAAAUAAUCAAAUUAAGGACUCUAAAUCAGAUCCCAUUGAAGAAAAGAUGAGUAUUGAUAGUUCACAAGAAAAUAAUUCUCAGCAAAAACCCGACAAAUUGGCAAAUGAUCUAGAUACGAUUGCAGAAGAGGAUGCCAAUAAUAGUUCACAUACUGACAAAUCAAAUAUACCUAAAACAUCACCUAUAUCAACCAAACAUGAUAUAUUACCAUCUAAUCCUACUUCAAUGACUGCAACGUCCGAUACUUAUGCCCCCUUCGAAGGCGCUCCCAAUGGAGCUAAUUUUUCCAUGGAAAUCAAUCCCCCAACUUUUGACGAAGUUCAAGAAUAUGACACAGAAGAACUUAUUGCGUAUUUGAAGUCCGUGAAAAAAUUAAAGAUUGAUGAGAAAAACUUCGAAAUUUUUAGAAAAGAGGAAAUCAAUGGAGUGCAGUGGACGAAAAAAGCAGAAAUAUUCAUAAAUAAAUCUUUGAGAAUUGUCUUAAAAGAAUAUGGCAUUGACUCUGAUGACUAUAAAAAGAUUCCGUCAUUUGAACCACAAACCCACGAAAUUCGAGAUGAUGCACUCUUGAAAUGGAUGUCGAAUAUGAAAUCGAUGGCAAAAAAUACUAUGGACCGACUGAUUACGCAAUUAUAG